AUGUCGCUCAGAUUCUAUCAGACUCCCGGUCCGGAGCGGCCAUGGCGCCCGCCGGUGAUGGACGAGGACUGCCGGCGCUACCGCCGCCGAGCAAAGCGGACCGACAAGUGGAUUCCACCCCAACUUGCCUUUGAAGAAGUGAUCAGGAAUAACACGGAAUCGCCGUGCUCACUAAACGACUUUGUGGACUAUCUCGUCUACGUCGAGCAGGACGCGGAACCGCUGCAAUUCUUCCUAUGGUACUGCGGCUACGUCCACUCAUGGACGACUCUGGCGCCCGAGCAGCGUGCUCUUGCGCCGCGUUGGGAUCCGGACCGCGGCAGGAAGCUCACUGCCAAGGAGAGGAGGGCCAAAAACUCGAGUAAAGUGAGCAACAUUCUCGAGAUGCUCGACGAGGACAGCAGCUACGCCCAAGCAAAAGCGGGAGGGAACCAUACGCGGAACACGUCUUCGGCAACAAACUUCUCUCACCCUAGAGCAACUGGUCUCAGAGACGGUGAAAAGGAAGAGGUGGAAGAGGGGACAGUUCCGCAAGCACCAGCAUCAUCACAACCCUUCCGCGCAGACAUCAACGCCAUAACAAAACACUAUAUCCACGCCGACGCCCCGCGCCGCCUGAACCUCACAAAAGACGACCGCACCGCCGUCCUCAAAGCAACAUCCUCGACAACGCACCCCUCGGCCCUCCUCCCGGCCUUUGAAAAAGCAGAGGCCCUCCUGCGCGGCAAACUCCACCCGGACUUCAUCCGCCACAGCAUGGCCAACGCGAACCGCGCCGCAACGCACCUCCUCCGCCUCCUCGGACUCGUGCUGCUCACCCUAGGCCUCGGCCUCGACGCCACGCUCAUCCUGUCCUCAUUUUCGCGGUACUACCGCCUCCUCUCCACACCUCUACUCUUCUUCGGCCUCGCGAUCCUCGUCGCGGCCCUCGACGGCGUCUCGCUACCCCUCCACCUCGCGCGCAGACGCCACGUUCGGCCGUGGGAGGUCCCGGACCUGGAAGCCGGCCGGGGCAACGGUGCAGGCGUGUACAAGAACAAGAAGGAAAGGGUCCCCCACCGCCGCGCCGCGACGAGCGAGAGCGUCGCGGGCGCCGUCGACCCCCUCCGCAAACCCGCGCUCUCGACGCUCGGCGCGGAGAAUCAUCUGUCCUUCAAGGGUGAAGAGUGGGUUGCCGCGUACGAGCGCCGGUGGCUUUGGCGGCGCGUGUUUGAGCGCAGCCGGGCGAGCCGGAACAAGCACCUCCGGAUCCUGCAGGACGGCGUCGUCGCGGGGGCGGUGUUGUGGGCUUCGUUGGCGACGAUUGGGGUUGGUGUUGGGUCGGUUUUUAUACCCUCGUAUCAUUUGUUUUGA